AUGGAAAAUCUUCUAUCUUUCAACACCAUCAUCCUUUUCUUCUCCUAUGUCUGCCAAUUCAUACUAUGGCAAACCUUUGCCCAAGACCUUCCAUGCCGGACCUCAUGUGGUUCCAUACAGGUCAAGUACCCCUUUGGCAGUGGCCCCGGCUGUGGCUCUCCCAGGUUUCAUCCUUAUAUAGCUUGUUCACCUGAGGGUGAUCAGCUUCUCCUCACAAGUCACACAGGUUCUUAUCCUAUCACCUCCAUAUCCUACACCACCUCCACCAUGAUCAUCACCCCACCACACAUGUCCACAUGCACCUCCAUGCAACAAUCCCCCAACUUAGGCCUAGACUGGGCAAGUCCAGUCCAGCUUGGCCCAUCAACUUUCCUUCUCCUCUCAUGCACACCCCCGACCUCCUCUCUCACCAUCAAGGGCUCACCUGUUUGCGACACCUCCUCCUCUUAUCUCUGUGCAUCGAUUUACACGUGUCCAUCUGUGAUUGGCCUCGGCUUGCCGCUUUUUCCACCUACAAACACGUGCUGUGUGUAUUCUCCUGCUAAUUUUAAUAGCAAAGGUGAGCUUGAUCUCCAAAAGCUGAAGUGCAUGGGGUAUGCUUCAAUAGUGUCCCUGCAGGAUUACCCUACUAAUCCUUCCCAGUGGCAGUAUGGGGUGGAAUUGAAAUACAGAAGUGGAGCUUUAGAUGACUAUUACAUGGAUAAUAAGUGUAACACUUGUGAGACUAGCGGCGGUAUGUGUGGUUAUGCUCUUCCUGGCAAUUCCUUUCUGUGUUUGUGCAGUAAUAGAAUCAAUACCACUACAGAUUGCAAUAGUUACAGUCUGCAGAAUCAACCUGGACUUACUUGGAACUCAGUUUCCUUACCCGACUGGAAGCUGUGGAUGGGGUUUCUUGGUGGUCUAGUUUUCGUUGGAGCAGCUUGA